AUGGGGAAAUUACACAACGACCAAAGAGAUUUUCAUCGCCAAGACAAAAAAAAAAAAAUUAAAACAGAUGAGGAUCCAAGGGUUGAUGAGGUUUAUUCUAUACUGAAAACUUAUGCUGAAAAAAAUAAAAUAAAGGACAAUGCGACUACAUAUGGUGAACACGUCGCUAACAAACUUAGGUCUUAUGCAGAUUUUAUUCGUCUAAAUACAGAACACAAAAUUAACUGUAUUCUUCACGAAUCGGAUAUGUUAAUGCUACAACAAAAUAAACAACCUGACUAUCCUUUACAUUUUUCCGGUCCGUCUUCAAGUAAUAAUUCUUUUAUUCCUUUACAUUCUAUCAGUACAUCCUCAGGAAAUACACUCUCUCCUUUAUUUACUGCAACAUCUUUCACUCCAAAUAAUAAUUUGAGUCCAUUACCCAACUCCAGCAUACCGUUUACACCAACAAAUGAAAGCAAUUCUCUAAAUACACAAGAAAACACUCCACCAUAUUAUAAUAUUAAUUAA